AUGACGGACGAUGGUCCUUCGAUUGUCAACGAUGUGGCUGCAAGACGAGGACGGAGCGGGCUUGAGAGAUUUGUGCCCAAGGUUUAAUAUUUUUUUCUUAUAAAUCUUUGAGAUUUCUUUUAUUAAUUGGGAAUUGAUGGUCGAAGAAAUUUCAUGAUGCUCCUCUCGCUUUCAGAAAGCCAUCAAAUUAUUUAUUUGCUUCCGUAGAAAUGGCAGUUGAUUUUGUUCCUGAGACAAGUUUUCAAUGUGCUGCUAGUAAAGACGGUGAGCAAAUUUAUGAAAAUUCAGCACAUCCAAGACCUCAUAAUUAUGGUAAUUGUCAGCAUUGGAAACGUCGCUCUAAUGUCCGCAAAGGUGAAUUGAAUGAAAAUUGUGUUUGAUCUAUUUUUUUCGAAUCAAGAUCUUUGUGGCGUACUCCACCGGCAGCUUUUCCAUCACCACAUCGGCCAUUGAAUCCUCUGCUGACGUCUUUGUUUCCGGGACCCUUAUGCUCCAGUGGCUGAGAGUUCGAUUUAUUCUACAGAAAAAAAAUAAAAGAAUUUGAAUAGGAAAAAUCCAACAGUUUGAAGUCCUACCCACGAGGAAGGAAUACAGAAGCCGCGACAAAUGUUUGAUAAGUUCCACGUUUGGAAAGAAACUAACUUGAAAUUCAAGAUUUUCAUUUCGGCUGUCAUGCUGACGCUUUCGGUAUCCAGCUACCUCAGAAGUCUGGAAAGAUUCGUCAAAAACGAGUAAAUUUUACCGUUUCCUCAUUUCUUAAAAGUCUUUUUUCCAGAGUUCAUCUCAUAGUCGAAACUCAUGAUGUUGCUUUGGUGGGCGCCAACAUCGUCGUCAAGAUUCUUUUUUCGUUUCUUUGUUUUACGUUACUCUGAUUUCCGUGUCCCAUUUGAAAAAAAAAUGUACAGGCGCCGCAAGAGUCCCAGAAUAUGGGUUCUUUUCAAGGAUCAAGUCGUGGAUAUUGUGGCUAACUUCGUGGCCUUUGCUGCUCUCAUCAUUUCAAUCAAAUACUUUACGGUUUUAUUUAUUGUUUAAUAUCUAUCAAAAUAAGUUCUACAGACCGCGGACCUUAUUGGAGCCACCCUCAUUUUAAUAAUGAUUGUUUUUAAUUGGUCGACAAUCCUUUGGAGCUCUUGGAACAACAGUCAAGGAUGCGCCGGCACGAAAAAAGAAAAUGCCGCUAUUCUGAAGGUAGGUUGGUGGAAUUGAAAAGGAAAAGACGAAAAGAAAUAGUUGGAAAGUAAGGUAAUAUUUUUUUGGAGCAUCUCAAUCUACGUCGUUCAGUUCUCUGAUUCUUUGAGAAAUACCCGGCUUGAAAUUACUCGGAAUUUUGGGUUUAGAACCGAGUAUGCUGGGAAAAUAUUUUUGAGCCAGUUUAAAAAAAAAACCUAGGAAUUGAAGUAUCCUUUUGGUGAAAAGUUUCUAAUGACCCUGUUUUACAGAUCCUAGAGGAGAACCGCGAGUUCUUCGUUAGAUACGCAGGUUUUCUGACCUUUCACACUGGAGAUCUCAUUCUCGUGGAGGUGACUGUAAAAUUUCAAAAUUGAUUUUUUUUUCUGAUUUCAGGUUUACGGUGAUUUGAUGCAGACCUCAAGAAACGAGCUGGCAAGUUUAAAAGAAAAAAUCACAGAAAUCGAGCAUGUGGCCCACGUUUACUUUAUGAAUUUUGAUGAAGCCGAGGUUAGAGAAAUUUUAAAAUGUUUUCCAAUUUAUUAUUUUUUAGAACCUUCCCUUGGUUGAGAAAGAUUCGGGGAAAAAUGAAAAUUUGGAUGGAAAUGACGGGAAGAUGACCAAAAACGUCACUUUCGAGGACUAUAUGGAACUUCAACCGAUUAACUCUGCCUGA